GUACGUAAAGCUCCGCGGACCUUUUUUGUGGGUUAUUACCAUGACCUCUGACGACCGCCUACUACGAUGAGCCUAAGCUGGCUUUCGAGGAACCUCCGUUUCGACGAUGCAGACGCCCGUGAGGACAGGGGCCCUCUGCUGGCCUUCAUUCGAAGGCCCAGAAAGCUGCGCAAGGCACCGCCACCUGUGCAGCCCAGGUAUCCGCGUAAUAAUCGAUUCGCGGCACGACGCAACCUCAAGGCGUCCAAGGUCGUGGAAGGACACGGAUAUCUGAAAAAUGCUUCAGAGUUGAUCCAUCAGCAUCGGGGGUCUUUGGGGUCGAAUGUGCCGUCGUUGGAUACCAGAUGGGCGCAGCUUUUUACUGUUGCUCCAGUACUGCGAAAGCUUACCAAAGGUCGGCAGAAGCCGCAGGAGUGGUGUGAUAAUGCGAGACAGCUUCUUAAGGACGUUCAGAAAAAACUGAGAGAUGCGCGUCGGCGGAGUCGCGGAUCUGCUUCGAUAUUCAGUUUCAUUUCGUUGGGAAGCACACGUCGGUCCCGAAAACGUACCCCCGCCUCGUCCAAUCAGAGCCAUUCUACAUACCGUUCUCCAAAACACACACCGCGCCAUCACCACCACCACCAUCAGCCAAGAACUAGGGACCCGGCACCGGUCAUGUCGCCUUCGUCUUUUCAUCAUAUCGUCGAAUUGAAGCCCCUACCGCCAAUACCAGAUUCUCAAGGUCGUUUCUUUGAGAACUGGAGUUCCGCCUCCGGGUCGCCUCGUCGACACUACCAUCGCAGGCUCUUUUUUCCCUCCUCAGAUUCCUUAAAGGCGACAUCGCCGCGUUUGUAAACAGUUGUAAUUUUCCCCCUUCAAGUUGAUACCCUCCCCCACACACCAACUUUGUCUGUAUUUCAACUUGUGUAUCUAGUACUUCUCUGCGUAUAUGUGCGCUUAUUCUCAAUGUGUUCCUCUUUAUCGUAUCCCGUGAUGACUUGGACAAUCGCCGGCAUCUCCUAUCGACAACAACUCGCAAGUCUCGGCGACCAACAAGGAAAUGGCUCGUAGAGCUGACGAGUCGAUGCGUAUGUCUUUGUUGUAUAUGCCGAGUCAUUCGUUCAGGUGAUGAUGGCGAUGCUUGACUCGCGUGGAUGUGAUUCUAUUCCAGGGUAGCUUAUCAUAAAGGCAGCUUCUUGGUGUCAUGCGCUCAGGAUUCGUUAUCUUCUCCCUAACUAUUACCUGCUUACUAUGGCGACGCAAGC